UUGAGCGAUCAGGCCUCUUCCGAUUUCCACGGAGGGAAAUCACCGUAAUAAUUUCUACAAGCAAGUCCAAGUUGAUUGAGCGAUGCUAAAGGCUCAAACGGAUCAUUGCAGACUUGCAAGCUUCCCUCUCCCCCGAUCGGGUGAUCAUAUCCACCCACCUACUACUACCCUGCUAGGCAGACCCAUACCGUAUGAACAAAAUCCUCCCUAUUUAAGACGGGCGGCGUUGGCUUCAAAUACACUGGUCUCUCCUCGGUCCAAAAGUCUCCCCAAUCUCCACCCGUUCCAGAAUUUUCUCCCUUAUUCCAGCGUGUCCUCGUUUCGGGCCCGCGGUUCCGCUGUUCCACUUCUUUUGAUUUCGGAGUGGGGGGAGCUUACAUCUUGCUGGAUAAAGAUUGGAUUUUGAGCGAUUUGGGGGCGCUUGCCUGAUUCGCCCCCCCUGCGAGGUAGGGCCGGGCCGGGGCGGGGGGAUUAGAUUUCGGGGGGAAGUUUUGGUGGUUUGAUUGAGAUUCGGCUUGGCCGGAGCCGGAAUGACGAUCGACAUGUCCAUGCCCGGGAGCUCCGGGCUCCUGAACGCUGCGGGGAAGAGGGACAUGAAGUUCUUCAGCAACCCCUACGUUCUUGCGCUCACGGGCGCUGCAGGAAUCGGUGGAUUCCUCUUUGGCUACGACACAGGUGUCAUAUCUGGGGCCCUUCUGUAUAUCCGUGAUGAUUUUCCAGCGGUCAGGGAUAAUUACUUCUUACAGGAAACGAUUGUUAGCAUGGCCUUAGUCGGAGCUAUGCUUGGAGCUGCUGGGGGUGGUUGGAUCAAUGAUGCAUAUGGUCGCAAGAAGUCCACUCUUCUUGCUGAUAUGAUGUUUGCUCUUGGCUCACUUGUCAUGUGUGCUGCUGCUGGUCCUUACAUUCUAAUUAUUGGAAGGCUCCUCGUUGGUUUGGGUGUGGGUGUUGCAUCAGUCACGGCACCAGUAUACAUUGCUGAAGCUGCUCCUUCAGAAAUCAGGGGAGGUUUGGUGUCAACUAAUGUACUCAUGAUUACUGGUGGCCAAUUCUUCUCCUAUCUUAUCAAUCUCGGCUUUACUGAGGUUCCUGGAACAUGGCGCUGGAUGCUUGGUGUUGCUGCUGUCCCUGCCAUUGUACAGUUUGUGCUGAUGCUUUUUCUGCCAGAAUCUCCCCGUUGGCUUUACUGGAAGGAUGAGAAGGCAAAAGCUAUUGCUGUCCUUGAGAAGAUCUAUGACUCUGAUCGUUUGGAGGAAGAGGUAGAGCUGCUUGCUUCAUCCUCCAUGCAUGAAUUCCAGUCCAACAAUGCUGGAAGCUAUUUGGAUGUCUUCAAGUCAAAAGAAUUGAGGCUAGCUUUCUUUGCUGGGGCUGGUCUUCAGGCCUUCCAGCAAUUUACUGGGAUCAACACCGUCAUGUAUUACAGCCCCACGAUAGUCCAGAUGGCUGGUUUCUCUUCCAACAGGUUGGCCUUGCUUCUUUCCCUCAUCGUCGCUGCCAUGAAUGCCGCUGGGACCAUUGUUGGAAUCUACCUAAUCGACCGUUGCGGCCGCCGCCGCCUGGCCCUUACAAGCUUGUCUGGGGUUGUGAUCUCCCUUGUCAUUCUUGCCUUGGCCUUCAUACUGCAGUCAUCAUCCGGCCUCUGCAUGAGUGCUGCUAAUGGCACAUGCCAAGGCGUGCUAGGCUGGUUCGCGGUGGCAGGCCUUGCUCUGUACAUCGCCUUCUUCUCUCCAGGCAUGGGGCCUGUCCCAUGGGCUGUGAACUCGGAAAUCUACCCUGAGGCAUACCGUGGAAUGUGCGGUGGCAUGUCGGCCACUGUCAACUGGAUCUCUAACCUCAUCGUGGCACAGACGUUCCUGUCGAUCGUGGGGCUGGUCGGGACUGGUCCGACCUUCCUGAUCAUUGCCGGGAUCGCGGUGCUCGCCUUCAUCUUCGUGGCCAUGUACGUGCCAGAGACGAAGGGCUUGAGCUUUGAGCAGGUGGAGCAGAUGUGGAAGGAGAGAGCGUGGGGGAACAGCGGCAACUGCCAGAGACUUUUGGGUGCUGCUGCGCCGUAGGCUACCUGUCAGCAUUGAUCAAGCGCGGAAGCAAUGGCGGCGACACUUUUAAGAUGGCCGCCUUGCGCUUGAUUACCUCCGUCCUAGUAUAGUAGGAAGAAAGUACAUACGAAAGUGGAGAUGCAGAUCCAAACUGUUUUAUGUGAUGGCUCAUGUUGCUUAUAUUAUUGCUAUCCUUUUGCCUGAUUGUACGUGUUGUCAUCGUGGGAAAUGUUCAGUGCGAGUAAAAGUAUCAGGUCGUACCGUGAUGUCAAACUAUUAUGCCAAAAGGUCUGUUGUAUGAUCCAGAUGGGUGAUUAUAUUUUUUUUGUACAGUUUCCGGAAUAAUGUCCUGGAGAGUCAGUAGGGCAGUUGGGUAGGCGCUUUUUUUUUUCUUGGCCAAGCGCCCAAGUGAGUAGUGGUGGUGAGUUGGCGUUUGGGUCGGUCUUUGUAUUGGAUUAGAGUUGUCUGGGGGUGAUAUGUGACACUCCUAGUUGAAAAAAAAACUAGACAAACACUUGAUUUUUCUGUAUUCUCCUCAUAUAUUUUGCAGUAAAACUUUUGCCUCA